AUGGAUGUACCAAACCAAACAACAGUGACACAGUUCAUUUUUCUUGGGUUUUCUGGUGUUCUCUGUCUGUGGCUCACAUUGUUUGUGGUAUUUCUUACUGUAUAUCUGCUCUCCCUCAUGGGAAACACUCUCAUCAUUUUCAUAGUUGUGCUAGAUUCCACACUCCAGGCACCCAUGUACAUUUUCUUAGGAAAUUUGUCAUUCCUGGAGAUCUAGUGCACCACAGCCACAGUGCCUAAAUUGCUGGCCGCCUGCCUUUCCCAAGUUGUUACCAUCUCGGUUUCUGGUUGUUUAACCCAGUACUACUUCUUUUUCUCCCUGGGAGCUACAGAGUGCGUCUUGCUGGCAGUGAUGGCCUAUGACCGGUACCUGGCCAUCUGCAGUCCUCUCCNAAGUCCUCUCCAUUACUCACUCCUCAUGAGUAUUCUUGUGUGUCUGCAGUUUUCGGCUGGAUCUUGGAUUGGGGGCUUCCUUUUCCCUCUCCUAUCUACCAUACUCAUCUCUCAGCUCAACUUCUGUGGCCCUCGGAUCAACCAUUUCUUUUGUGACUCAGACCCCGUUUUUAAACUAUCCUGUUCAGAUACAUUUUUGGUGGAGGCCUUGAGCUACACAUGUAGCUCUGUUGUGAUUCUAAGUUCUUUCCUUCUCACUAUGCCUUCUUAUGGCCACAUUAUAGUCACANCUAUAGUCACAAUAAUGAGACUACCCUCCUGUGAGUCUUGAAAGAAAGCAUUCACCACUUGCACCUCCCAAGUCACUGUGGUCACCAUUUAUUAUGCCACCAUUAUCUUUGCCUAUGUUCGUCCUCCAGCCAAGUACAACUUCACUGUUGGUAAAGUCAUCUCAGUGUUCUACUGUGUGGUCACUCCAUUAAUAAAUCCUCUCAUAUACACCCUGAGAAACAAAGAUGUGAAGAAAGCUUUCAGGAGAGCUCUAGCACAAAAGAGAUUGCUCUUUUCCUGAUAUUUGAAAUAUU